AUCCAUGCACGUAGUAAUACACACACACACACACAAGGAAUUUCACGGACAAGCGUUGGGGUACCAAACCGCACGGGUCAUUCGAACCCAUUGAAGCGCAAUAGAUGUGCGGCUGAGGGCAGCGACUCUGAGGAGAGCACCAUGGAUGAGGCAGAGGAGGGUGGGGUAGUUGAAGACGUGUAUAGGGGUGGUACAAACACAGCAACAGCCACACAUACACAGUAUGGUGCGGAUGUGGAGAUGUAUGAUGGUGAUGCUAUGGACCGCACAGCGCAUGUGACGGGUGUGACGGAGUAUGCGAGCAAUGCAGGUGAUCAGUGGGAGAGUGAAGGCGAGGCUGGGAUAGAGGAGGAAUCUGACCAAACAGAGCCCGUCAAUGAGACCGUAGCCAACGAAACCGAGCAGAAUUCCGUGGUGAUCCGUGACGUCACGGAGGGAACACGUGAAAUGUGCACUGCUAACGAUGCGGAUGCACUGAAAAAUGUGGUGUUGAAGUUCACAAAAGGAG